AUGAGGUUCGUUGAAAAAAAUUCGAAAAAGGCAAGGGAGCCUGAUUCUGCAGCCAGCUCUGUCAGAUCCGUCGACAGUUACGAAAUAUUCGGAAGUGCCUGUUCCGACUACACGGACUGUGAAUAUUGCGAGGAUCGGAGACGACGUUACAAGAAACCCGGAAACACACAAAAAUACUGGUCCCCAAGUAUAACGAGCCACAGUUACUGCAGCGCCAUGAGUCGCGCGGAAGCCGAGCCCCUGCUGCAGGGCGCCGUCACGCCAACUUAUAGAGCUGUCAGUUCUGAAAGCAUUGAUUCUUUGGGUCCAGCAGAACUAUCGUCCAAUGACGUCCUCACAACGUUCCACAAUACAUUCGAGAACACUUUCAAACCAGAAAGAGUAAAAAAACAAAGUUCGCUAGUCACUAUUUUCUCAGUAUGGAACACAAUAAUGGGUUCAUCGUUGCUGACGAUGGCGUGGGGCGUAGAGCGCGCUGGGUUGCCAGCCGCGCUGCUACUACUCGCGUUUAUGGCAGCCCUGUGCCUCUACACAGCUUAUGUGCUACUUAAGGUCAAUAAACACCAUGGUAGUGCAAGCUGUGAAGUUCCCGCUCUCUGUCGUGAGUUGUUGGGUCCUUGGGCGGAGGUGGUGGCCCACGUGUUCAGCGUGCUCGUGCUGCUGGGCGCCAACAUAGUCUAUUGGAUACUCAUCUCCAACUUCCUAUACUUCACCGUCAAUUAUUUUAUUGAUCUCUCAUCUUCCAACGUGACGCAGUACAACACGUCCCUGCUGUGCCCCCGUCACGCGAACCAGUCCCUCCUACUGGUGGAGCCGGAGGAAGACUCCCCCUACUGGGGACUGCACACCACGGUGCCAGUCUACGUCGCACUCUUGGUGUUCCCACUACUGAACUUCAAAGACGUGUCGUUUUUCACCAAGUUUAAUUCGCUGGGUACAUUAUCAGUAGCCUAUUUAUUAAUCUUCGUAUUAGUAAAAGGCUACGCGUGGGGCAUCAACAUUGGGUCCAUGAUGACGGAGACACAUGCUCUCCGCAACGCGGCCGUGCUCAGCGGGAUGUUGGCACUGUCCUUCUAUAUUCAUAACAUCAUCAUCACUAUCAUGGGGAACAAUGCGAGGCAGGAGAAUAAUGGUAGGGACCUGACGAUAGCAUUUCUACUGGUGACGAUAACAUAUACUUUAGUGGGAGCCGUGUUCUAUAUCUGCUUCCCACUCGCUAAGUCCUGCAUUGAAGAUAAUUUGUUGAACAACUUUGAGAUGCACGAUGUGAUGACGGCCUUGGCUAGAAUACUGCUGCUGUUCCAAGUAAUAACAGUAUACCCGCUAGUAGCAUUCAUGCUCCGCACGGAAGCGAUCCUGCUCCUCCCGUUCGAGAAGUCCCGGCUGCUGACCAUCACCAUCAACCUCUCCAUCAUGACGCUUUGCAUACUCGUCGCCUGCUUCUGUCCCAGUAUAGGGACUAUUAUCAGAUACACAGGCGCAGUGAGCGGUCUAAUCCACAUCUUCGCUCUGCCCUCCCUCCUUCAGAUCCGGUCACUGCAGCUCCGGGGCAAGCUGACCUGGUGGAAGACCGUUUUCUAUUGCGCUAUACUAGUCUUCGGAGCUGUUAACCUACUCAUGCAGUUCUUCAUCAACGAAUAA